ACAGUGUGUCGGAUCAUAGUCCAAGAAGGCAGACAAGCAGAGUCGACUUAUUAACAUGCAGUCAAAAAAUUGAACUUAAAACAAAAAGAUGAAAGAGAAAGUGAAGAUAACUGCAUUCAGGAUAUUGACACUUCUACACGUCGUCCGAUUGUGCACCGGAAUUUGCUCAGACUAUCUAGUGUCCGGCCCUAAUGGGGUUCCGGAUCAAGAUAUUUCAGCAUCCUCGGGGAGUCCAGCGUGUGGCCGUCUUUACACAAUGAGUAGCUACAAUGCGUAUUCACAAGGCUGUUUAGUACCGAGUGAUGGAGGCUGGUGCAGUGACCAUACAGAUCCUACACCAUACAUUCAGGUGAAGUUUGCUCGACUACACAGGAUAAUGAGAGUCUCUGUCCAACAACAACACUUGGUUAUCAAAGAAAUGCUAGAAACAUUCAAAGUUACCUACAGUGAGAACGGACAUGAUUGGUCGUUGGCCAGUUCUAACGGCACUAAGAUUUUUGGAGCCCCAACCAAUCCUAUCGUCGAUGAGGAGAAAGUGGUGACCUUUGACCCUCAUAUCGUUACCAGAUACGUUCGCAUUGAACCUGUGAUUCCGAAAGGCCCAACUACUGUUUGCCUCAGAUUUGACGUCAUCGGAUGCAAAUACGCGAUGGAGGCAAAAACCCAGUACGAGUACACCCAGCUACCGGAAGUAGCCAUCAACAGUAGUGGCAUCAUCUCCGACUCAUCCGCCGAGGAUCUUAGAAAGUGUGCCACCCGCUGUCGUCGUGACGUCACCUGUCAAUCAUUCUCCUAUGGUCACGCCAACAAAAGAUGUGUGGGGUAUAGGUUCAACAAGUGCGUUCCGAGAAUAAAUGACAACAGCAUGGCUAUCCUUGCUAACAACGACACCCUCUACUUCUGUGACCCAGAUAUGGACACCCCGAUGACAGAUCACGUGACAGGAGUGACAUACAAGGUUGUCAUGCAGAAGUCCAAUCAGGAUGACGCAGUAUUAAGCUGUGCUGCCUUGGGGAUGAGAUUGUUCGUGAUUGACACCGAUGCCAAACGGGAUCUUCUCAUCAGGAUAGUGUUUCCAAGCUUGAUACUCCGUGGUCAGAAAGUUCGAGUGGGCGGUGGCUUCUCAUUCGUAAACGGACUCUGGGGAUGGUGGGAUGGCAACGGCAAGCUCCUACAAGAGAAGCUGGUUUCUUUCUCAGACCCUGCUGGAAAGCCGUGCGUCAUCCUGACUGUCGUUUUACGGUAUCUUCAUACCUCCGAAUGCAGUACACCCAUGUACUUUGUAUGUGAAUCCUAAAUCACUCAUCUGUGAUAAGUUCACCACUUGUAUGUAUGUGUGGAUUUGAAAUCCGAAAACAAAUACUUUUUAGACUUUAUGCUCAACACAUCUGAA